CUGUUGACUUGGGCAGAUUAUUAACUUUGUCCAAACCUCUACCCGUUUAGAUGUUGCCAGGGUGAUGUGCUGACGCCGUGUCAGGAAGCUUUACGAAGAAAUCCACCUCUUUCAGGGCGACUAAUAUCAAAAUAAACCAACGAUACUUAUCAUGGCGACAGCCUUCGAUGCUCUGUGGGAAGAUAGGGAUGUCAGAUUUGACAUUUAUAUAUUAGCACAAAGAGCCAUCUGCCCAACGUUUCGAUAUAUUGUACAUAUCUUUCUCAAGGGAGCCCUCUUAUUAUCUAAAGUCGGUCAUUCCUACGCAGUAUGUAAGACGUUUAAAUAUGUUCAUAAAUAUGUAUUCCUUUUUAUACUGAUCCGAAUGCUGUAUUCCCUUGUUAAGGCAUGCUGUAGUGAACGACUGACAUAAAUAUAUACAUGUGACGUUUUUGCUCUGUUUUUCUUUAAAUGAUGUAUUUUCUUAUUUCUGUUGCUUCAGAAACUGAGAGGCCAGACUGAAGCACUUUAUAUCUUGACUAAAUGUAGUAACACAAGAUUUGAAUUCAUAUUUACCAGUGUGGUUCCUGGAAGUCCAAGGCUUUUCACAUCUGUCAUUGCUGUACACAGGGUAAUUUGUGAACAUUCUUUAUUACCAAUGUACGAAUAGUAUGGCAUGCCAACAUGAAUGACAGCUUUAAUGUCAGCAUACCCUACUUACAGAUUCGCUCAAUCAAGAUCAGAGAUUCAAAGUUUGGACUGGCACUGGUAAUAGAAAGUUCCCAGCAGAGUGGAUGAUAUGUGCUUGGCUUUAAGAUAGACCCUCUUGAAAAACUGCAGGAUGCUGUGAAAGAAAUCAAUUCACUGCACAGAGUUCACUCAGCAAGUCCUAUCUUUGGUAUGGAUUAUGAAAUGGAAGAAAAGCCUCCGCCACUUGAAGAGCUGGCAGUGGAACAGGCUCAGAAUGACGUUGAAAUAGAGCCUGAUGAGCAGACUGAUGCUUUUGUGGCUUACUUUGCUGAUGGCGGCAAGCAACAAGACCGUGAGCCUGUGUUUUCGGAAGAACUGGGACUUGCAAUAGAAAAACUGAAAGAUGGCUUUACUCUUCAGGGGCUCUGGGAAGUCGUGGGUUAAUCUUUAAGUCAAGUCACUGGUGUUGGAAGAAAUAUGGUUUUGGCAUUUAGUUAUUUUAUUUUCUGAUGGUUUAUGAAUCCACCAUUGAUGUAAGAUACUGUACAUUAAAUUGUAAUUCCUGUAAAGAUGGAGUAAACAAAACAGUACAACUGUUCUUAUUACAUGCUUUUUGUGUUAAAUUAGUACAUUUUAGAUCCUGUAUGUAAUACUAUAUAACUGUUUGUGUCGUUUAUGUAGAAUCAUUUAAAACCUGGUUACGUUUUCAAAAGUUAUAUUUAUGUGUGUACUUGUAACAACUUUUGUAGGAUGAAAUGAGAAUCUAAUUUUAAAAGAAAAUCAGCAUUGAGCAAAACAAAUGAUAUCAUAUUUAUGACAUGACACUGACAAACAUAUAUAAAGCACUUGAAGGGAACACCACUGAGUCAUGUAUUCUUCAGCAGCUUGAAGAAUAAUGAUGCUGCAGCAAUUUACAUAUCAACCAGAAUUGUGCUACUAUUCUUAAAUUGGAUAUAUAAAUAUCGCAGCUGUUGUUUUAGCAGCUGCUCCUCCAAUUCACCAGGAUGCCACCCCUUACAUAGAAACAGGCUGCUAAAUGUUAUAACACCUGAAUGUACCUCCUUACAUUAAAAUGGACUGUUGUAUGAAUUCAGCCUUUGAUUUGUGAGUGAUAUAAUACUCCAAGAAAGU